UCGUCCGCCUACAGUUGCACUCGACUCGCCAAUCCGUAAGCACGCGACAGUCAUCCGCAAGACGACGGAUAUAUCAUUCGCGCGAGAAACACAAAUCUAGCGUACUCUCAAGCACACACGUACACUUAGUGCGAAAUCCGAUAUAUCGAAUUUUUUUCAAGUGAAGUCGAAAAAAAGGUCGGAGAGAGAGAAGAAGCGGCGAGUGUGCGAGAUAUUCGAAAAAUUCUCGCAACGUUUUACCUGUGGUCGGUGUGCACGAUCUGAAAGUACUUUCAGUGAGUUAUUUGGAAUUUUCGAGUAAUCGAAGUUUUCGCGGCGGGAUUCGACGAGCAGCAUCAUCGACGUCUCGCGCGUCCGCGGUGUUUUUAUUUAUUUAGAAAGUAGAAAAUUUUUUCAUUGCCGUGAACAUUAUUAAAUAUUUACAUUUAUAUAUAUAUAUAUAAAAUACUCCAAGUAGUCGAGAGUAAUAGCGUACGUAAGUACGAGAGAUUGGAUAUUAGCUUCGUGCCGCAACACACACUUCAGUCAGUUGGAUCGUUAGUUCUUACGAAUAUACUCGACUAUGAGUGUUUGAGUAUUUGCGCGCGUAAUCGCUCGAUUAAAAACCAAUACUUCGAUUUUCUCCGAAGCCAGGAAGAAUCUUCUUUUCGAAGAUCAAAAUAAAGAAGAGCGGUGCUUCUUGGAAUAAGAGAAACAAAAUCCGGAGAACAACGAGCCUUCUCUCGCUAUCUUCAAGAACGGGAGCGUCGUUCAGAGACCGACCCGGGAAGAGGCCGGGUACCUAUAGCAUAAAUAAAAGCACCUGACGUUGGAUAAGUUACCAGAUAAAAAUCAAAGUCAGUGAGUGCGGAAAGCGAACACGGACAAGAAGCACAGAAAAAGAGAGAAAACCUCACGCGCGUAUCUCUCGCGUGAGGAACGCAAAGAGAGGGGACGCCCUUACAUGCGUCAUCGCGCCGUUGCAGGUACAAAUCGCACGCGAGCGAACGCCUCGGCGGCAGUACACGUGCACGACGUCCGGUGUCGCACGCUGCGACAAUCGCCGCUUCCUUCUCGUUUGUCGUCGUCGUCGUCGUCGUCGUCGUCGUCAUCGUCAUCAUCGUCGCGUAGCUUUAUCGCACGCGAUAAAUGCUCCGUCGUUGUCGCGGAUGACGUUUCCUGUAUUCUCCAAGAUGAUUACCUGGAUCGUUUUUCUGACCCUCGGCGCCAUUUGCCACGGUGUUCCUGUGGCCGAUGAGCUCGUUGAGACGAGCACGAUCGGAGAAACCGGAAAUGUCUCAGAAGCGACCGUCGUUCCCGAGGCGGAAGGUCACUCGAUGGACGACAUAAUGCCGGGUACGAAGCCGCCGCCACCGCUGUCAUUGGUGUUCGUCGACGUUCCGGAGCACACGGAAACCGAACUGGGCUCGUCCGUGCUGUUGGCAUGCCGAACGGCCAAUCCUGUGGCCGAAUGCCAGUGGUCCUGGCAGCCAUUAACGCCGGUUCACCUGCCGCUUCCGGACGUCAGUGAAAGCCCGCCGGUUUCUACGACCACGGCGAUCUCGACGACCACGAUCGCGAGCACGGCGACUCCCACGACCCGUCCGUUGCCGGUACGACAAUUUCCUUCGUUCGGGAACAACAGCAACGAUUGCUCCGUGAGAUUCUCGAGCACCAAACACGAGCAGACGGGAUACUGGACCUGUGCGGCGAGAACUUCCACGAGCGAUCCUUUCACCAGCACCAAACCCGCUAAGCUCAGCAUUGUCAACACUAAUCACGGCGUCGUCAUCACGUUCGCGAAGCACGAAAACGUAAUCGAGGUGCCCGCGGGAUCAUCGGCGCAGAUAAUGUGUCAGACUAAAUCCUCGGUGCGCGAAUGCCAGUGGUCUUGGCGACAAUUGAACCAGUCGCAGCCCUGGAACCUCGAUGUUAAAUCGUUCCCAGCCUUCGGUAACGACAGCACGGAAUGCAGUAUCAAGUUCAAGAACGUUCUGCCGGAGCAGGAAGGCUACUGGACCUGCGGCGCGCGGAUCGAUCCGAAUUCCUCAUUCACCCAAUCGACUCCCGUUCGAUUUCUGAUAUCGGAAGUCGAGUUCGUGCAGUUGUCCCGCGGCGUUCAAGUAGCGGCCGGCGAAUCGGUUUUCCUUCGUUGUUUCGCGAACAAGCCGGUGGUGCAAUGCGAGUGGUCGUGGAGGCCGUCGAACUCGAGCAAGGAACCGCUGCUUGUGAAGAAGUUCAAUCCAAACAAGGACGCGGAUCACGACUGUUCCGUGCGAUUCAAAAACAUACUGUACGAGGAGGAAGGACUGUGGACUUGCGGCGUGCGUUUGACGCCCGACGGGAUUCUGCACACGGCUCCGCCGGCGACCGUCAGCCUGCUCCCGACCGCUAAAGUGAGCUUCGUCGACGUGCCAACGGACACGGCGGUACCGAUGGACACGGAAGCGACGUUGAAAUGCGUUACAAGCAGUCGCGUGGAAAAAUGCACCUGGAUCUGGAAACCUCUUCACAGCAACGAUCCCGAAAUCGUUGUCGACGAAUUUCCGAGCAACAGCGAUCUAGGACGCGACUGUUCUCUUCAUCUUCCGCAUUUGAACGCGGAGAAACAAGGUUACUGGAGCUGUCAGGUGUCCAUCGCUUCUCUCAACACCGUUCUGACAUCGCCACCGGCCAAACUCACCGUCUACGAACAAGACGAGGUGAAAUUUUCGGAGCUCUCGCAAGACAUUCAGAUCUCUUCCGGCGGCAGUGUUCUGUUGCGCUGCGUCACAUCCUCCGCUGUGGAACAGUGCCGUUGGUCGCUCACGCCCGUCAACUCCAACACCACCGUGGUGGUAAAGCAAUUUCCGGCUGCCGGAAACGAGGCUCGCGACUGCAGCGUGCGUUUGAGCCACGCUCUUGCCGAACAGGAGGGACUUUGGACGUGCGGCGCCAGGAUACACGGCCGACAGAAUUACACGGACGCGCCGCCCGCGAAGCUGAGCCUUCUCGAGCCAGAACCCGUCACCAUUGCCGUUUGGGCCGCGCCGCAUCAGAUGGUCACUCUCGCUUGUAGAGUCGGAUCUGUGUCGUCGGAAGCCAAAUGUCACUGGAUCCACGCCCCGAAGCUUCACAUAUAUCAGAAUUCCAGCAAGCUCGCCAAGAAGACAAGACAUAAUCUGCAAAUGGAUUAUACCACGGGCAUAUGCAAACUGGUAUUUAAACCGGAUCAUUCCGAUCUGGGAAAAUGGACCUGCAGAUUCACGAUCAGCGAUGAGAAUUCCGAUAUCGAGAUAGGAAGCGCGACUCUCGUUCUUCUCAACACUUUGGCAGACGAGAAACUGGGAUGGAUCGUGGGCGCGUUGACAGCCAUGAUCCUGUUUCUGAUGAUAAUAGUCGUCGUGCUGGUGGUGUGCAAGGCGCGAAUCUUCGUCCGCAGAACGCCCGAGAUUCUUGAGACUUUACCACCCGACGAGAGAAAGCAGAGAAUUUGCGACGGCAGGUUGUACAGUGAAAAUCAGGGAAAGAUCAAUUUUCAGUUCGAGGACAGCAGCCGUGCGUCGAGUAUCGAAAGUGUCUUGCCUAACAGAAGUCCGCGCGCGUACGAUCGCGCGGAGAAACUUCACCGAGUAUCGUCUGCUAAAGUGUACGAGAAUGUUGGAUUAUAAAUAAUUGUACAUAAUUGUCAACAUUUUCUCUUCCUUCCGUCAGUGCGAUGUAAAAAGUUUUUCAU